ACACACACACACACACACACGCACGCACACACACUGCUAGAGCACAGCAGAGAAGAGUGUAGGAGAGAGCAGAUGGAGUCUAGCUGCAUGCCUGCUGUACUGAGCUGGACUGAGACACACGCUUACUCACAACAAAGGCCACGACUGUCUGGGUGAUGUUCUCUCUAGACUCACUGGUGUGCUCCACUGAAUACAGACUGUGAAGAAGCUGAAAAGGCUGUGUGUUUGGAACAGAGCCAAUGACCAGGAGGCUAAACUGAAGGAGAAUAAGGCCACAGAGAAUUUAUUAAAAUGGGGGCCAGUUUCCCGGAGCCUCUCUCUGAAUUAUGGUGGCUCAUACUGCAGCCAUGCCGGACGUGAAGGCCCCUCCACCAUGUGACUACCCCUCAGCGGGCUGCUCCCCCGGCCAAGGCCACGGCCUCGCGGGCUACACCUGCACCGCUGGCCUCACCAUGGAUCUGGAGCCCUGCCUCAGCCUCACUGACUUCCCCCUGCCCCAACCCCUCUCUGGCUUCAGAGGCCACAGCGUACCCCCCUACCCGCCCUUCCCUGGCCAGUGCCCCUUCAUACCACGGUCUAACAGCAGUGCAUUACUCACUAACCUGGGGGUCCGGUACUGCUCCACCAACAGUGUGCAGCACCCACCCAGGGGUCCUGACUCUGGGCUGGAGUUAGGGUCAGGGUCAGGCCUGGGGUUGGACCCAGGGCCCUGUUGGAACAUGAACCAAGGCUGUGGAACUAGACUCUACCGCAGCAUGGAGAACUUGAACUGGAGUAAUUCUGUGUCUGAACCAGGCCUCUACUGUUCCCCUUAUUGUGCUCCCUACAGGGGCAGUGUGGACAGUGGGUUCAUCUUCCGCUGCACUGCCACCAGCCACUGGUACGAUGGGCCCUCCCAGGGCUAUGGUCCUGAGAGCCUGGCGUUCUACCCCCACCCCCGCCUGGGGAGGGGUCUGGGAGGGUUGGGGAGGAAGGAGCUGCCCCUCUUCCCCCAGUGGCUGUUCCCCGGCACAGAUGACUGGGGGGUGAACACUACCACCAAUGGCAGGAAAGGGCUAAGGGAGAAGCUCCGCCUCCAAAGCGCCAGAUCGGCAGCAGAACCCCUGAAGCCUCUUCGACCUCAGGUAACCUCAGGCAGUACCACUCCCAUCCUGGGGGGGUGCUCAGAGAGGGACUCAUCCCCCCACCAGAGGUACGUUGGGAGACCCUUGUAUGUCCGGCACCUCACCAGCCCUGAGGAAAUCAAGCAGGAGGUUCUGAGACGCCUUCAGCUCCGCCGGCAGAACAGCACCCCAAACCUGGCCCUCCAUGCCUCUCUGGAGACCCCUCAAACCCCAGACAUGGCCAUGUCCUUCACCACCGAGUCCAUCUCUGUCACUGGAAGUAGUGCUGAGCUCAUAGCCGAGCGUAAGAGGCCCCCUAUGGGCCGCCUGCACAUCCCUACCUUCAAGGAGUUUAAGAGGAUGAGACAGAGAGAGGGAGAGAGUGGACAGACAGAGAGCAGGAGUAAUGCUACUACAGUAACAACUAUAGACCAACCGCCAGAGACUGGUACAGGCAGCCAGAGCCCAGGGACAGGCACCCAGAGCCCAGAGACAGGCAUAGACUCUAAGACUCAGACAGCCCCAUUGGGACUGCGAGACUCUCAGUCCUCUCAGGAGGAGGAGAGGGAGAGCGAGGAGAGGAGAGGCAGUGAAGAGAGGGAGGAGAGGGGGAGCGGGGAGAGGAGAGGCAGUGGAGAGAGAGAGAGGGGGAGCUGGGAGAGGAGGGGCAGUGAAGAAAGGGAGGAGAGGGGGAGCGGAGAGAGGAGAGGCAGUGGAGAGAGGGAGGAGAGGGGGAGCAGGGAGAGGAGAGGCAGUGGAGAGACUCCCACAGCCAGCACUUUGCACUCAUCCUCUCCCAUCUUCACUGGCCCUACUCCCCAGCUAAAAGCCAACAUUCAGACCACAGUCUCUAACAAAGCUAUAUGCACAGGCCCUACUCCCCGCUCUCCCCUCCAGCCCUCCAGUAAGACCCAGGGGAAGGGAACCAUGUAUCAUACCCAGGCCCAGGAUAGAAGGCCUAAUGUGGGGCUCAGUGUGCCUCGGGCCUCCCAGGUCCCCUUCCCUCCUCCACACAGGGAGAAUGCAGAGGGCCCCUCCAGCUGCUGCCCAGCCCUGCUCUUGGACAGGACUGACCUCUCCAGCUAUGGAGCCAAGAUCUACAAGAUGAAGGAUGGGUUCAUCGGCUCCGCCCUGGACCUCAUCAAGAAGAGCUGCAGUGCAGAGAUUGCAGCGGCAGAGGCCCCCGUCAGGCUGUCAGGUGACCAGGACGACAGCGCUAACAUCGCUCCCCCACCAGAUUUUCAAUCCUCCACCGUCUCCAUGACAACCGCAACGGCCUGUGGAGAGGAGGCUUGCGACAAGCCUGCAGCAGGAGGAGGAGAAGAACUAACUGCAGAAUGCCAAUCUGGCCUGGGCUGCAGGCGCUCCAGCUCGGACGCAGCCUAUGAACCGGCCGAAUCGGUGAGGGCCCAGCGCGAGUGCCGCCUCCGGCCCCACUACAGCGACCCCAUGCCGGCCGACGCUGCCAAGCGCAAACAGCUGGAGAUGAAAAUCGCUGCCGCUGCACGCCUCCACAGCCAGCGACGGGACAGGGACAGCGCUCCUGCCUCGGUGCGGGUCCGUUCUGAACCCCGCGGUGAAGAGCGUCUAGGGAGUCUGGGUGUGACGCGUGGUGGACAGCACCGCUGGAGCACCGUGAGCAGCCUAAGUGCCGACAGUGGUGUGGUGGGCCUGUGUGACGACCGCGAAGAUGACGAUGAACCCCGGAGAGUACACCAUAGUGGAGGGGCCGAGGUGGAAAGGGUGGACAGCGGGAUUGGACCCUGCCUGGCCCGCGUCUGGAAGAGACCCUCUGCCUCUCUCAGGGCCUGGGAGGCCCAGAGACCCUGCUCAGACUGUGGCCAGAGAGACGGGCACGGGGUGGCCCGGACAGAGGGUGAGGGGACUGGUAUGUGUGAGCGCUGCUCCAAGCUGAGGACGGAAAGGAAGGAAGCCAUCUUGGAGUUCCUGAACACGGAGUCAAGUUAUGGGGAGGACCUAAGAAUCAUCAAGGAGGAGUUCUACUGUCCCAUGCAGAGCGCCGGGCUGCUGACCUCAGAACAGCUGACCGUGGUGUUCAGCAACGUUCAGGAGCUCAUAGACGUCAAUGAACGCUUCACUGAACACCUGCAGGAAAGCAUCGACCAGGCCUUCGACCAGGGAGAUGAGGACCUGCUAACAGUGUGCAUUGGAGAGAUGUUCCUGGAGUUUGUCAACAUGCUGCCAGCCUUCCAGACUUACUGCCUGCAGCAGUCCACCUCUGUCAACAUGCUCAACACCCUGGAGAAGGAGAAAGAACUGCUGAGGAUCUUCCUGGACGUGUCCCAGAAUGACAACACAGCCCUGCGGCGUAUGAACCUGCGCUCUUUCCUCAUGGCUCCCCUUCAGAGGGUCACCAAGUAUCCCCUCCUCCUGAGCCGCAUCAGCAAGGUCACCAUGGACUGCCACCCCGACCAUGGCCGUCUCCGAGAGGCCAAGAGCCGCGUGGAGUCUCACCUGGAGCACAUCAACAUGAAGACCAAGCAGGAAGGAACCCUGACCUGGACUCUGCGUUCCUUUCGCCGCGACAGUCGCAAGAACCGCGAGGUCAUUAACAUCGAGAUGCGGGAGAUGUCCAUGAAGACCGUGGGCUGGGCCAGGGAGAACACACGCUUCGUCAUGGAGGGGCCCCUGCAGCUCUCCCAGCCUGCAGACGGACAGUGGGUGAAGAAGGGCAGUAAAGGCCUCAAGUUCCAGAACAUUCAGAGUCUGUUGAUGGUGCGUACGCAGCGGCCUGGAGAGGGUCUGUCUCAGACGGACGGCGAGGCCAAGGUGGAGCAGCAGGAGCACGGCGUGUGGGACGGUGUGCUGGUGCUCAUCAAAGACAAGAGCAGUGGGAAGUUCACCGUGCUCAGAGAACCCAUCCACCUGGCCAACUGUGUGGUGUCGGGCGACCCUGACUGCGAGGACACCUUUGAGGUGCUGGACAUACGUAAGGAGGCCUUUGUUUUUAGGGCCUCAGAUAAACCCCGGACGCAGCAGUGGUUCCGGCAAAUCAAGAGGUAUACCCGUGACCUGGGGCUGUGGAGGAAGAGGCGUAACGCACUCCCCAAUAUUAUGAUGAACACAAACCAGGGCAGGUCCUGAGACUGAGGGACACCGUUUCCCUGGCUGGAUACCAGUGUAAAUAGAUGUACUACUACUGCAAAAAGAAUUGACCAUGCUUCUGGAUGGUGGAGCGAUUUGUUUCUGAGGUUUUAGGGUGGGAUUUGUGAGGUUCCAUGUUAUGAUGAGGAUAGCACUUUUUUCUAAGAAAAACUGCAAGUGCACCAUACUGUAACGAAACGUAUGAAGGCAUAGUUUUUAGCUUCUGCCUAAAAAUGAUCAGCCACUUGGAUGACCAAAAAAGGAGACUUGGUUGGGAACACUGCUGGCCUUGGUUGUCAAAACUGUUUGCUCUUGAAGAAAGAGAUGUUUUCAGUAUACUGACUGACUGGUGUCUGUGUUGAAAAGCAUGGUUGAAGUUGAUGAUUGAAAAAACAUGACUUUGUAAUGCUAAUGAAAAUGCACAAAUUAGUGAAAAACUACUGUUAAAUUAUACAAUGGGGACUUGGAUUACAGCUUAGUAGAAAAAGACAGGAACUUUUAUUUUACCUGACUAAGGUAAGUCAAAAUCACUGGCCUCUUCCCCCUUUCUUUUGCCCUCUGUGUCAGAAGCAAUGUCCACUGCCAGCAGAGAUCCGAGAAAUGGCAUCCAUAGUAGGAAGUCCGUCAGUGACUUCCUACUAUGGAUGCUGUGCAGACAGUGUCUGUCAGACAGUUUGAACCCAGGGUUGUGGACAUACUUGUAUCAGAGGAGGCUGGUGGGAGGAGCUAUAGGAGAACGGGCUCAUUGUAAGCACUUAAAUGAAAUGAAUGGAACGGAGUCAAACGUGGUUUCCAUGUUUGAUGUGUUCGAUACCAUUCCAUGUAUUCUAGCCAUUACAAUGAGCCUGUCCUCCUAUAGUGCUCCCCACCAGCCUCCACUGAUUUGUAUCACUGUGCUGGGUGGGCUCAAGUCACAAAGAAGCAAUAAAUUGUGCAAUUUUAGCUAUUUAUUUUAGUUUCUCCACAUCUGGUCAGACUUCGUAAUUAUGGGAAAUCGAGAGCUUAUUAUCCCACCUAUGACUGGAAGUGAUGUUAUUGACACAGAUGAGCUACAGAGGUUCGGCCCUAGAAUAACGUGCUCUUGAACUUCAAGCCUAGGCCUGGUUUGGCCCCUACCAGUAUUGUCAACUGUUUAUUCAAACUCUCAAAGCCUUUACCUGUACCUGAAUGUGGUAGUACAGCAUGGCCAAAGUGGAGGUGGAAAGGCCUCAAACACAGAUCAACCUGGACCAUGAGUUUAGUAGCUAAAGCUGACAUAGUAGCGCCAGUCAAAUGUCUUCACAGUAGCGCCAGUCAAAUGUCUUCACAGUAGCGCCAGUCAAAUGUCUUCACAGUGUGCUGUUCCAUGACAAUCAGAUGGGGAAAUUGUGAGCUUUUGUUCCUUGGGUUUUUAUUUCACUCUAAAUUAACAAAAGCAUUUCUUCUGUUGCCAGUCACAGUAAUGUUGAUAAAACUAUGAGUAUCUGGAAAUGGUCAUCAAGUCAGACCGCCCUCUGCCCCGAGGUAGCAGCAGAAAGACACUUAAAAAGCCUGCUUUUACAUAGCCUGGUUAUACCAGUGUGAACACUACAUUCACCAAUCUGAAAUUUAGUGAAAUCUUUUUGGAUGCCAGAAUUUACAGGCAGUUCUAAUCCAUCCAUCGGCUGCUAGUGUUCCUACAUUAUGUCAUAGAUUACCUGUGCCCUUAUCUCAAGUGUGACUUCCCUUCUCCUAAAAUCUGUUUUUGUGUCUGAUGUUUCUGAAUCUGAAGGCACUAUAUAAUUAAGACUACAAAGUAGAUCCAUAUUAUGGUGUGACUGUCACUCUUCAACAACACUAUCUGCCAAUCAUGAUUUCAAAAGAUUUAUUCUGUCGGUUGUGUUGUUUAUUCACAGAACUCUUUAUGUUAGGGAAACAUAUAGGACCCCAGCUGACUACAUACAGCAGGUCAAGGCAAUACUUCUUAUCAAACAAAUCUAACCUCCAUAUACUGUUUAGUCUGAUUGUGUUUAGUCCAGGAGUAGCAUAGGUUAAGGGAGGUAGUGAAUCACUGUUUUUGGACAGAGAAUGAUGUACGGAGUGGACUACUGCCUGUCUCUUACUGUUCAUCACCUUCCAAUGGCGCUAGCACUGUUACAAUCAUAGAAUUAGAAUCUCAUUCUAUUUCAAGAAUCUCAUUCUAUUUGUAUUGUUUGAAUUCUUUCAGCUUCCAUAUUGUUCCACUAAAUGAUUACUACCGUAUAUGGGAAGACCGAUGCUGUGUAAACAUUUUGAAAAUAUCCGAGACCUGCUGGACUGUCAAAUGUUUUUCCUCUGCAUUUUAGACCUGUGAUAUUUCCUUUAUGUAAGAUUUUGUGAAUUAUAUUAAAAAAUGACAUGUUAAA